UCCCUUCGAGUUCGUGGUGGUCAGAGGAGCAAUGUCACGUCUCUUCGCGCACCACAUCUCGCACAAUCAGCCAACUCUGCUCUCGUGACCUCAAUCUGCCCAUACUUCGCUACCCUGCCUUCAUGAGUUGGUCGACCCGAGUUGAUCCAACAUGAGCGAAGAAGCAGGAUCCGGCGCCUCGGAUUCUCUUCAUGUCAUCAUCAUCGGCGCCGGCCUCGCAGGCCUGGCCACGGCCCUCUCUACCAAGCUCGCCAACCCUUCCCACCGCGUCACGAUCCUCGAAGCCGUCAAGGAACUCCAGGAAGUCGGUGCCGGCCUCCAACUCACACCUAACGCAACCCGCCUCCUCGACGCCUGGGGCUUGCGCCCAUCCCUCUCCGUCCUCGCGACCCGUCCCUCGACCCUCUCUGUCCACCGCUACGACGGCGCCCGUCUCCUCGCCCACGAGCCGCGGCUCCAGGAAACCAUCCAGUCCCGCUACGGCCACCCCUUUUGGGGGCUCCACCGCGUCGAGCUCCAGCGUGCCCUCGUUGACCGCUGCACCGCCCUCGGCGUUGAGCUCCGGCUCUCCUCGCGCGUCCGCUCCGUGAAUUUUGCGCGCGCCACCGUGACCCUCGACCACGAAGACCGCGAUGUCGCCACCGCCAUCGCCUCCGCUUCCAGACCCGGCUCCACGAUCGCCGGCGACGUCGUCGUCUGCGCCGAUGGCAUGUGGUCAGCCACCCGCGCCCAGUUCCUUAACCGACCUUCGCCCCCGGCACUCACCGGCGACCUGGCGUUCCGGAUCGCGAUCCCGAUCGACUCCCUCAAAGGCCCCCACAAAGCCGAGCUCGAGGCUUUUAUACAGUCCGAAACGGUCCACUUCUGGAUCGGCCCGCGGUCCCACGGCGUGUCUUACACUGUGAAACAAGGCCGCAUGCUCAAUCUGGGCCUGCUAUCCCCGGACAACCUCCCCGAGGGCGAGACAAAGGUCAUCGGUGACGUCGAGGAGAUGCGCUCCCUCUUCUCCGAUUGGGACCCCCUCCUCCGCAAGCUCCUGGAUCAGGUUGAAAGCGUCCAUAAGUGGAAGCUCUGCUGGGUUGAGCCCCUCGACCAAUGGGCCAGCCCCGACGGUUUCUUCUUCAUGGCCGGAGACUGCUGCCACCCGAUGCUCCCCUAUCUCGCACAGGGCGCAAACUCGUCCCUGGAAGACGGUGCUGUGCUGGGCUACCUCCUCGGCAAGGUCGGCGGGCGCGGGACAAAGGAUGUGCAGCUCCCCGCGGCGGCGGCCAUGUACCAACGCCUCCGCAUGGGUCGCGGGCAGCGUAUUGUCAUGGAGUCCUUCCGACAGCGCGACGACUUCCACUUGCCCGACGGCCCAGAGCAGGAGCGCCGCGACGAGGUCAUGAUGGCGUCGCUGAGGCCGGGAGAGGAGCCGCAGCCCGGCUUCCCGUCGCGAUGGACGUGCCCCGAGAUCCAGGGUUUUCUUUACUCGUAUGAUGCAUACGCUGAGGCGGAGACGGCCUAUCGCCGGGACCCGUAUUAGG